GAUUGCUAGUAACAACAACAGGAUAGAGGUUGUACAUGUUCUUCUUCAGUGUGAUGAUGUUGAUAUUAAUCUCUGUGAUGAUGAAGGAUGUUCUUCACUUUAUUUGGCAAGUCAGGAAGGACAUGUUGAUGUUGUAAAAAAGAACUGUUACAACAUUCAGCUGAUGUCAAUAAAUGUACUUAUGAUGGCACCUCACCUCUACAGAUGGCUUGUUACAACAACAUGGUUGAGGUUGUACAUGUUCUCCUUCAGUUGGAUAAUGCUGAUAUUGAUCAUUUAGAUGAAAACGGAUGUUCUUCACUUUAUCAAGCAAGUCAGAAAGGACAUAUUGAUGUUGUUAAAGAACUGAUACAACAUUCAGCUGAUGUCAAUAAAUGUAACAAUAAUGAUGCAUCACCUCUGCAUAUAGCAAGUCAGGAAGGACAUGUUAAUGUUGUUAAAGAACUGUUACAACAUUCAGCUGAUGUCAAUAAAUGUACUAAUGAUGGCACCUCACCUCUACAGAUUGCUAGUAACAACAACAGGAUAGAGGUUGUACAUGUUCUUCUCCAGUGUGAUGAUGUUGAUAUUAAUCUCUGUGAUGAUGAAGGAUGUUCUUCACUUUAUUUGGCAACAAGUCAGAAAGGACAUAUUGAUGUUGUUAAAGAACUGAUACAACAUUCAGCUGAUGUCAAUAAAUGUAACAAAAAUGAUGCAUCACCUCUGCAUAUAGCAAGUCAGGAAGGACAUGUUAAUGUUGUUAAAGAACUGUUACAACAUUCAGCUGAUGUCAAUAAAUGUACUAAUGAUGGCACCUCACCUCUACAGAUUGCUAGUAACAACAACAGGAUAGAGGUUGUACAUGUUCUUCUUCAGUGUGAUGAUGUUGAUAUUAAUCUCUGUGAUGAUGAAGGAUGUUCUUCACUUUAUUUGGCAAAACUGUUACAACAUUCAGCUGAUAUCAAUAAAUGUACUAAUGAUGGCACCUCACCUCUACAGAUGGCUUGGUACAACAACAUGGUUGAGGUUGUACAUGUUCUCCUUCAGUUGGAUAAUGUUAAAAUUGACCUCUGUCAUGAAAACGGAUGUUCUUCACUUUAUCAAGCAAGUCAGGAAGGACAUGUUAAUGUUUUAAAAGAACUGUUAAAACAUUCAGCUGAUGUCCAUAGGUGUGACCAUAAUGGUAAAAUACCUUUGUAUAUAGCAAGUCAGAAUCGACACGUUAAUGUUGUUAAAGAACUGUUAAAACAUUCAGCUGAUGUCAAUAAGUGUGACUGUAAAGGUCAAAAUCCUCUUAAUGUUGCACAUCAAAAGGGACAUUUGGAAAUAGAAUCAUUGCUAUUAAGAAAACGUGCAAAUCAACAUUAAUGUCACAAUGAUGAAUUCCAUUGACUGAUAUUCUCAUAUUUUUGUGUUUUGACAAAUCCAUACAUUGUAAUCUUGUUCUUACUGUAUAUGUUUUUUUUUAAAAGAGAUUUUUGGAAGUCUAUGAUUAAUUAAUUAACAACCAUUAAGACUUAUACCUGUAUCUUCUUUAAAUCAAAUUUCCAUAUAAACAAUGUAAUGUGGUUUAAUGCCACGUUGAUUAUAUAUGAGAAAAUCACCAAAUUAUUACAUAUUCGCUUUGUGUUCAAUAUCAAGUAAUGAGAUGAUUAGUUCAAAAGACAUGAAAGAUAAUAUGUAAUUUUAUGUACAUUUUCCAAUAAAUGAUAGAAAAAAAUUGAUAAAAUGAUAAAUACUAAGUUAUCAAACGUUACUGCUAGGUAGAGAAUACCAUCGUUCUCAAUUGCUUCUUAAUUUGCAUUACAACAUUUGAAAUGUUUGUGUUUGAUUAUAUACUUUUUGUGCCAUGUGAAAUGCAAAAUAAAAUUUUCAAACUUGACAAUUUAUCUUUAAACGACAGCGUUAUUACAGUGAGAGUAUUAGUCCUUAAGAAAUUAAACUUAUACAUUCAUGAAAUAACUACUGGACAAUUAUAAACAUACAAAUAUGAAUCUAAAAUUUCAACACAUUGUAGUUUGUAUGUUAACACUGAGAUGGUAUUUUCUACAUUACUUUUGUUUUCUUGUGUGAGGCUGAUGUCUCAAUGAUGUAUACCCAAUAUCUUUUGUCAUUCAGCUUAAUAUUUGAAACUACUGUCGCCUUGAGUGAACCAUCUUCUAACACUUUGAAGAAAUGUUAAGUGAAAUAAAAAUAUAUAGUGUAACAGUUGUAUCAAUGUUUAUUAUUCAUUUAUUCUUUUCGAUUAUAUUGUAAUAUUAAGCAUUCUUUUUAAGGCUGUAUCAAAGAAAAAGAAUGUAAGAGUGACUUUAUUUGCAUGAAUGUUUAGUUGAGCGAUUGUAUUUAUAUUAUUUCAAAUGAAAGGAUAAUAUGUUUACCAAUACAAACAUUUUCUUUUUUGAUCUAUUCAUAAUAAUUUUGGCUACGAGAGGGAGAUAAUAUAGUUCAGGAAAACUGAUAUGCCAAAUUUAACCAAACUUAACAGCAUUCAUCAUCGUGGUUUCUAGUUUUAAAAAUGUGUCCGACUACCCCGCUUUCUAAUAAACAUGGCCAACAUGGCAAAACAAUAAAAUAGGGAUAAAAUGUUUUGCCUUUUAUCUUGAAAACCGCUAUAUUGCCCUUUAUGACAAAUUUUGCCAUUUUUUUUUUUUUCAUUAUUGAUUAUUAUCUUUAAAUCAAUUAUUGAUAGAGAGAAACAUUGAAUAGCAAAAAUUAUCCGGAAGGCAAUAUCUGCUAAUAAGUCAACUGGCUAAAAUCGUCCGAAUAUCCUCAUAGGGGUUAUUGCCCUUUAACAAUGAAUGUGUUAGCAAUUUUUUGCGUUGAUGCCUAAUAUCUUAAUGACGUAAACAGGCAAAAAAGAUCAGCAAGACUAGAUCUUUAAAUUAGUCAAAUUUUGCUGAAAUUGUUGGAAGACCCUUUAUAUGAAUAGUUAAAGGACGAAUUGUUUACGCAUUAACAACAAAUUCAGACAUCACUUUGACUUUCAUGACUUGGCACUUCACCAGUUUUUCUCAUAGAAAUUGCAUAGGCCCUUGAAUAACCUAAAUCAUUUCGUAAAUCUGACCUUUUUUCUACCUUUGCAUCUCUUUCCUUAGUGGUCGAGCAUAAUUCCUCCUAAAAUGUUAGUAAUGACAGUCUAAAUUUUGUUUAAAUUACGUGCUUUAUCAUUAUUCAAGAUAUACAUAGGAAACGUAUGCAACACCAAAUUACCAAUACUUGUUGUAAUCACGUGUACAAAGUUAUUUCCAAUUGCAAUGUUAUCAAAUAUACUAGUUAAGUAUCUUGUGUCAUAUUAAGGGGCAUUAGCAGUCAAAUUCAUGUUUUUGACUCAAAUUCUCAUAUUUCCAUGAUAAGAUACUAAAACGUAUAUCCAAAUUUCAAUAAGUCUGAAAUAAACAGUUACCAAUGCAUAUUCUAGAUAAUAUAUAUCAGAAUUUCGUGUGUAUUUGAGUCUAUACGCCAUCUGAUUAACUUUCGAGAUGACCUCCAAAGACUGCCGAUGGUCACAAAACCCGACAUAAACAUCAAUAUAACUAGAUAGCGACCUCGUGCAAUUGAAUUUGUCUAGGAUUGUUUGAUUUCAUGUUAUAGGUUAAAACAUCAGUUAAUUAUCGUUUUUACCUGCAUAAGAAUGUAUUUUUGUGGAUCGAAUCAGUCAAUGAAUGGUUCACCUUAGUUUCACUUUAAAUGUUGACAUUCUUUUCCUUUUAAUGGCUGACCACGACUAAUUUAUGCAUAACCAAUCUCUGGCUAAUGGGUUAAAUAGAAGGUCACAUGAAUACGGAUUCAAUGAGGUCGAAUCAUCCACUUGCAAGUGAAUAAUUCAUCAGCGAUGUUUCUUUGCUCGUUUUGACAAAAUUGAACCAAAUUGGCUGCUAAUAGCGAAUUAUUAUUUCAUUAUUUCACUUUUAUUAAUGGUUGAACCAUACAAAAUCAUAUUCUAUUUUUUUUUCAUAUCUCGUAGCUAGUGCACCUUAAAAGUAUAUAGGUAUAUUUUUCAGAGACAAUUGUCUUUGGUUUUAAAGUAAUAUACGACAUACUUUGUCCCCGGGGAAAAUAUUCACUCACAGCACUGAAUAAUAUAUCAUUACAAUAAUAAUGAAAACAAAUAAUUAAAUAUUAAUAUGUUCAGCCUCUUAGUGUUUAACAUAACAUUUUGAUUAACUAUAUCAAGAGUAAAAUACAUCAAUUUUUCUAAUUUUCUGUAUGUAAAACUUGUCGUCAACAUUUAAGCCUGAACUCUAUGCAGAUGAUUUGGGGCAUUUUUGAUUUUUGUAUUUUAACAAUUUUGGUUGAUUAAACUUUUAUCAAUAUUUGACCUACCGUAGAUAUACUGCAUAUAUAUUAUAGUUGAUGUGUUUCCCUCGGUUUUAGUUUGUUACCCGGAUUUGUUUUCUCUCAAUCGAUUUAUGACUUUUGAACAGCGGUAUAUUACUAUUGUCUUUAUUGUCUUUAUUGCACAUAAUUUAAUGUAAGAACUUAUCGACCCUUUUCCAGAAGAUUUGUAGCAAAAGAGUUAUCGACUUUUGUUGUGGCUGAUAUAUAGCUGCGUAGGCUUUUUUUUUUAGUUUUUAGACAAAUACUAAAGAAGAUGGAGAGAAACUGUAAACAGAAAAAAAAUCAAUAAUACAAGAUCCACAAUGUUGGAGGGUGUCUAUCGUUAAAAAUGCAAAUAGAGCUAGGUGAACAAAACUACUCUAUGGAGCCUAUAGUUGGUUGUCGUUGUCUUUUAAUUUUUGGAAAUAAUUGAGGAUAAGCGAUCUUAACAUUUUUAUUUUUGAUUAUUUUUCUAAUUAUUGAGUAAUUACCUGAAAAUUUGUAUAAUCUUGUAUAACUUAACGAUAUCAUUGGAAUGUUCUAACGAAUUAUUGAUAUGUGUCAUAACUUGCUUUGUAGAAUGUCUGCUAAUAUAGAAAUAAUUAUGGUUAAUAUUUGACGUUUUGAGUUUGUCUCAUUGAAUUUGAGGAAAAACAAUCAUGGUAUCCACCACUUCCAUGUCAAAUCAAUUUUAGUAAAUUGUAGACCCACUAUCCUCAUAUUCAAACAGGAGGAAACUUAUGUGACCCAUAUGUUAUGGUUAAAAUACAGUGCAUGUUUUAAUAAUCAAAGUGGUGUUUGUCUUGUUUAACGUGCGAAUUCAUACAUAUAUCUUUGUGAAUAUAAUGAUUAAGAUUACAUAAACUUGUGUAAAUAUGCUUAUUGUCACUCUCAUUAAUAAAUUGCUUGGCAAAUUAUUAGACAUGCAUGUGACAUAGGUCAGUUGAUUGAGACCUUAUUUCUAUUUUUAGAUAUCUUUUGUGUUAUGUGUCGUUAAGCUUUACUGGUACAUUAAUAUUUACUCCACAUUUCCUUUUAUGCAUUAUACACAUAUAAUACAUGUACAUAAAAAGUAGGUCAAUGUGAUUUAUAUGUUUAUGUAAACUGGUAAAUCAUGUUUCGAAGUAAUCAGAUCAUCUAAAUCUGAACUUGGUGCAUAACAGAGAGUAGGUCAUUGUGAAUUUUAAUGUCUUCAAUUUGAUCCUUAUUUAAUGUUCGGGACACUUUUACGAAAUAACUCAUGUAUUUUUAGAAUUUAAGAUUUCAUAAUAUGCUAUAUUUGCAAUUGUGUUUUUAUUCUACAAAGCAAAAAAGCAAUAAAUGUAAAUAAAUCAAUCAGCGCAAAGAAAUCAUCUGUAGAUCUAUACUAAUUAAGUAUGUUUUGUAUAUUCCAAUAGCGUUUCUUUAUUGUUUUCCUUGUGAUCAUCCCUAUAAAAUAUGAGUGAAAAAGUUUGAUAAUAUUUAAGAUAUAUACUAACACAUGUGUUCUAGAUAAAAUGAUUAUUGUAAUAUGUUUUUUUUUUCUUUUUUCUAAAUUAAGAAUGGUCAACAACAUACACGCAAUGAGCCUUUUACUCAUAUACUGUAAUGAAAAGAACAUGAAAAUGAUACGGCCGUAGAUAUAUAUUUUUCACAUGCAUGAAAAUAAAUUAAUAACAUCUUCAGCCGUGUACUUAAAUAUCGUAACGUUUUUUUGGCUUAUUGAUUGUACCUUAAUAACAUUGCAGUCAAAUGUUUCAAUAUCUAUUUAAGAAAUCAAUCCAUACAAACAGGUAAAAAAAAAUUUUUUAUUGAUUUUGGCAAAUUUUGAGUAGGUCAUUAAUACAAUCUGAAUUAACAUAUUCUUGUUUUGGAAACUUUAAAAGUUGGAUUGUGACAAUGUCUCUUAUGUCUUUAAUGGAAGAAGGGGAAUUCCAUACUCUGGAAAGAAAUUGCAGAAUCCAGGAAGCAGUAAAUUUCUCAUACAUUGACUCGCAAGAAUCAUACUGUAAAUAAAAAUUUUUAUUGUAGAUUUUCAUAUUAACAUAUUCUUUCUAAUAAACUCAUAUACGAACGAUU